AUGACUGCCCAUUCGCAACGGUCACCUUCGCAGAGGUCGUUCCGUCUUUCGAAUCACGGCUUCCAGCCACUCAACGCCAUUGGCGACAGCGAAAACAUGGCCGGCCGAGGCAACGAUAUCCCAUUACAGACGGUGGUUAGUCACACACCGUCGCCCACAUCAGACGAGAAGCAGUCGGAAAAGAGCGGCAUACUCAAUGGCCUCUCCACCAAGGGACGCAGGCAGCUUGUCAAAGUCGAUUCCAGGACAGGCGCGCCGCUGCCACCUCGCGAAGUCGCCGAACAGGAAAAGACGGCUUUAAACCGCAUGGGUCGCAUAUACACCAAGAUCCUCAACUACAGCAUCGUCACGCGCUACAUGAUCUAUGUCGCGCCUGUAGCCCUCUUGCUUGCCAUUCCCAUCAUCUUGUCACAGACCGGAACCAUCACUGGCUCCAUUGGUGGCACAGACCAGAGGCGGUUCUGGAUUUGGAUUGAAAUCAUCUGGCUCAGUUUCUGGGUCAUGAAGAUUGUCGCUCACUUCCUGCCCAAAGUUUUCGAGUUCCUCAUUGGUGUAGUCAGUCCUGGAGUCAAGAAAUAUGCUCUUCUCCUGCGCGCUGUCGAGAAGCCGCUUUCCUUUGUUCUCUGGAUGAUUGUUAACCAAGCUACUUUCCCUGGCCUUGUUGUUCGUACAGAGAAGAACGUAAAAGAGGGUAUCACACCGACAUGGAUCGGUAAGAUGCAGUCGGUGUUACUUGCGCUGCUGGUCUGCACUGUCAUCAUCCUCGCUGAGCGCGUCUUAAUCCAGUUGAUCAGCAUUAGCUACCACCGCAAGCAGUUUGAUCAGAAGAUUCAGGACUCGAAGCGCAGCAUCUACCUGCUGGGUAUUCUGUAUGACGCAUCUCGCGCGCUGUUCCCAGCCUACUGCAACGAAUUCGCCGAGGAAGAUUACACCAUUCACGAAACCCUCCUUGAUCUUUUGCCGGGCAGCAAGAAGAGCACCUCCAAGAAAGGCCGCUCUGGUACCCGUACACCCAUGCGUCUCGUACAGGAAGUUGGUCGCGACGUUGGCCGAAUUGGAGACAAGGUCACUUCAGUAUUCGGUACCAUCGCCUCCGAGAUCACUGGUAAGAAGGUCUUCGAUGUCAACUCCGCCCACUCCAUCGUUCUCACUGCUCUGGAGAGGAACCGAUCUGCCGAGGCUCUCGCUAAACGCAUCUGGAUGUCUUUCGUUGUCGAGGGCAAGAACGAACUGUACCAGGAAGAUUUGGUCGAAGUAAUGGGUCCUGGACGUGCCGAAGAGGCUGAGGAAUGUUUCGCAUCGCUUGACCGUGAUGGUAACGGCGACAUCAGUUUGGACGAGAUGAUCCUCACCGUCACGGAGAUUGGAAGACAGCGCAAGUCCAUCAACACCAGCAUGCACGACGUCGAUGCGGCCAUCAACGCGCUUGACGGCCUGUUGUUCACCAUGGUCUUCAUCGUCUGCAUCUUCGUCUUUGUCGCGUUCCUCAGCCCUAGCUUCGUCGGCACCCUGACUACUUCUGCCACAGCUCUCCUCUCGCUAUCGUUUGUCUUCGCCACGACCGCUCAGGAGAUUCUUGGUUCUUGCAUCUUCUUGUUCGCCAAGCACCCCUACGAUAUCGGCGACCGCGUUGACAUCACCUCGGAGCAGCUUACCGUCGAGCACAUUGCCCUGCUUUACACGGUUUUCAAGCGUGUUGCCAACGGCAAGACUGUCCAGAUUCCCAACAUCGUUUUGAACACGCUUUGGGUGGAGAACAUCACACGAAGCAAGGCCAUGCGCGAACAGGUCUCUGUGUUCUGCGCUUUCGACACUCCGUUCGAGGACAUCAACCUCCUCAAGCUCGAAAUGCAAUCCUUCCUUCGUGAUCCUGCCAACAGCCGUGAUUUCCACCCUGAUACCGAUAUCGAGGUCAUCAGCAUUGCUGAGAUGAACAAGCUUGAGCUGAGGGUCGAGAUUCGCCACAAGAGCAACUGGUCAAACGAGUCUCUUCGUGCAUCCAGACGAUCCAAGUUCAUGUGCGCUUUGGUGGUUGCCCUGCGCAAGGUUCCAAUCAAUAGUCCAGCUGGCGGAGAUGCCGCCUUGGGCUCGGCUGACAAGCCUACAUGGUCUGUCAGUGUCCCACCAGCUGAGGCCCGGGAGGCGUACGAGGCGUACAAGAUGAACGCCGACAAGGGCCGUAUGGUACCUCUGAACAAGCCCGAUGACCCCAACGACAAGGGCAAGUCCACGAGCAACGACUAUCUCGGCGUCGGAGUGCAGAGCGAGGAGUUUGCCAUCACUUCCUUGACCAACCGCAAACCGGGAGUUGACACUGUCCGCGACGACACCUGGAACGCUCGUGACGAUGUUAGCACCCUCGGACGCCCUAGCACCGACGCUCGACCUGAUCUGGAUGAGGUCAAGAGCUUGCUACACAAGGCCAGCACGGCUGGAAAGCGCAAAGGAGGUACUACUCUGUCGCCAUACGCUACUCGCCCCUCGACAGACUUCAAUCGACCACCCCCACUUCCCCUGUCAGUGAACCCACAGGCAUCCAACUACAGCAACCAGUAUGCGUCGCCACCCCAGCCCCUUCAACCCACGACAUCUGUGCACCGCAGCACAGCGCCAGGAUCGCCCAACUCUAUCUCGACAGGGCAAGUUGAGGAGUACCAGUUCCAGACCAUGAUACCACCGCCGCGAUCCAACAGCCGGCCACGUGUGGUCAUGACAACGGAAGAGCGCGAGCGGGAGCAGGAGGACGAGAGCAGGUCGCCUUACGGAGCGUCUGGUCCCAGUGGCUCCAACAACCCGUACAGAUCGCAGAGCCCACCUGUCGAGCGCUUCCAAUACAAGAGGGAGUGA